ACCCGGACGGACCGUUAAAGUCCUCCCUCCCGUGAGGGGAAAACCGGGAGAAGACCUCCAUGCUGCCGCCGCUUCCCUCUGGCUCCCACUCGGUGGAUCUGUGCUCCUCGCCUCGCCUCCUCCUCGGUCUGGAUCCGAACCCGGAGACCGAACCAUGAAAGUCACGGUGUGCUUCGGCAGGACCCGGGUGGUGGUUCCGUGCGGGGACGGGAAUAUGAAAGUGCACGCGCUCAUCCAGCAGGCUGUCAUGAGGUAUAAGAAGGCUAUCGCCAAGGAUGCCAGUUAUUGGCUGCAGGUGCACCGGUUGGAGCACAGCGACGGCGGAAUCCUUGACCUGGACGAUGUUCUCUGCGACGUGGCCGACGACAAAGACAGGCUGAUAGCGGUAUAUGACGAACAGGAGCCCCACCACGGAGGCGAUGGCACCAGCGCCAGCUCCACGGGGACGCAGAGCCCCGACCUGUUCGCCRCAGACCUGAGUGGCGGCAGCGCGGCCUCAGCCUUUCAUCCCUACCAGGCCACCAGCGAGAUCGAAGUCACGCCUUCGGCUCUGCGCACCAAUAUGCCCCUCCACGUCCGGCGCAGCAGCGACCCCGCCCUCAUCACCAUCAACGGGCCGUUCGGCAGCGUCGAGUCUCGGAUCCAAGCAGAAGAGACGCCAACCAGGAAGAACCCGACCCGAUGGUCCACCACCGCYGGCUUCCUGAAGGUUCGCCACUCCUCCGGCACGAACAGCCUGGAGAGGAAGAGUAAAGGCAUGGACACGUACCGCAGCUURCCGCGGGACGCCGGGACGUGGACCAAUCAGAGGGAGUUCCAACGAGAGACGGCCAGGUCAUCCCUCAGCGCCAAUCACCCCAUGGUGGACCGCUGGCUGGAGCGRCAGGAGCAGGACGACGACACCAGAGAAGAAGAAAACGGGAGGAUCGAGCCGGUUGGCCGGGCCGACUCCUGCAUGGAUCACACGCCCGUCAGGUCUCUGGAAGACAUUGUCAAACUGGUGGAGGUGUCAAACGACGGCGGGCCCCUGGGGAUCCACGUGGUGCCUUUCAGUGGCAGGGACCGCAGGACUCUUGGCCUGUUGGUCAAGCGUCUGGAGCGGGGCGGGAAGGCCGAGCAGCAGGGCCUGUUCCAGGAGAACGACUGCAUCGUCCGUAUCAAUAACGGAGACCUGCGAAACAUCCGAUUCGAACAAGCUCAGAACAUGUUCCGGCAGGCCAUGCGCUCCCCCGUCAUCACGUUCCACGUGGUGCCGUCCUCCAUGAAGGCCCACUACGAGCAGCUGUCCCACCCCGAGAGGAACCCCUCCUUCUCCUCGGGACGCUUCAGCCCCGACUCUCUGACAGGCGUGGACCCCAGCCUGCAGAGGACGUCCCGCCACGGUUCCCAGACGCACCACCCUCACCCGGACCGGGCCGACGGCUACGCACACCUGACCCACCCCGCCGUGUCCGCCGCCAAGCCCCCGACGGGCCACUCCCCGCAGAGGGCGGCCAACUCCACCCCGACGACAGGGUUUACCAAGAAGGUGGGGCGACGCUUCACCAUCCUGCUGAAGAAAGGUCCAGAGGGGCUCGGCUUCAGUAUAACGUCACGGGACGUUCCCAUCGGAGGCUCGGCACCCAUCUACGUGAAGAACAUUCUUCCUCGAGGAGCUGCCAUCCAAGAUGGCCGCCUCAAGGCCGGAGACAGGCUGUUGGAGGUGAACGGCGUGGACCUGAACGGGCGGACCCAGGAGGAGGUGGUGGCUUUGCUCAGGAACACGCCCAUGGGCGGGGCCGUCGGGUUGCUGGUUCUGCGUCAGGAGGAGGCCUUCCUUCUCCGAGAAGUGAGCACUGAGUCCCAGAAGCAAAGCCCCAGAGACUCGAAAACGGAGGAGGAUGAGUUGGUCCUGACCCCCGACGGGACCAGAGAGUUUCUGACCUUCGAGAUCCCGCUCAGUGACUCGGGUUCAGCUGGUUUGGGCGUCAGCGUCAAAGGAAACCGUUCCAAAGAAAACCAUGCAGAUCUGGGCAUCUUUGUCAAAUCCAUCAUCAACGGAGGCGCAGCCUUCAAAGACGGGCGGCUGAGGGUAAACGAUCAGCUGAUCGCCGUCAACGGGGAAUCCCUUUUGGGCAAAACCAACCAGGACGCCAUGGAGACGCUGCGUAAGUCCAUGUCGACAGAAGGCAACAAACGGGGGAUGAUCCAGCUGAUUGUGGCCAGACGGGUGACCAAGAGAAACGAGGAGUCUCCAGGGAGCCCACUGGGACCCCAGCAGCCUGUGGACACCACCCUGGAUGACCACGAGCGCAGAAUCUCCCACUCCUUGUACGGUGGCCUUGAAGGCCUUGAUGACAACUUGAUGCCACGGCAAGGAACCAUUCCUCGGACAAUAGGAAACUACCAGCUGUCUCCGACAGUCAACAUGCCGCAGGACGACACGGUCAUCAUCGAGGACGACCGGCCGUCGCUCCUCCCAUCCAACCUCUCCGACCAAUCCUCGUCCAGCUCGCAUGACGACGUGGGAUUCGCCGCUGACGUGACGCCGCUGUGGGCCAAAGAGCCGCCUGCUCACAUUGAAAACUCUCUGGGUCCAGAUGAAGACGAUCCAGAUGGAGCGUUCCACAGGGAGGGAUUCGGACGCCAGAGCAUGUCUGAGAAACGCACCAAGCAGUUCGGAGACGCCGCUCAGCUGGAGAUCAUUAAGACCCGCAAGUCCAAGAGCAUGGAUCUAGUAGCCGAUGAGAUUAACCUCACACCUCGUCCCGACGCCAGCGCAGGUUCCUCCACAAAGGAUGUGGGACCCUCGCUGGGUCUAAAGAAGUCCAGCUCCCUGGAGAGUCUGCAGACGGCUGUCGCAGAGGUCACCCUCAACGGUGACCUCCCGUUUCACAGGCCCCGCCCACGCAUCAUCAGGGGGCGUGGCUGCAACGAGAGCUUCAGGGCGGCCAUCGACAAAUCCUACGACCGACCGGCGGCCAUGGAUGAAGAUGACGAGGGCAUGGAGACGUUGGAAGAAGACACGGAGGAGAGUUCACGGUCAGGCCGAGAGUCCGUGUCCACCGUGGCAGACCAGACCCCGCUGUCCGGCCCGGAAAAGCCCCUGGUCAACGGCACCAACCGCUCCAAGGAGGAGAAGAAGAAGGAGAAAGACAAAGCAGGGAAGGAGAAGAAGAAGCAGGAGGGAGGGAAGGAGAAGGAGAAGG